AUGGGUGAACCGGAGCUGAAAAAGAGUAAAGUUUCCAUGUUGGAUGUGAAAAGCCGUUCAAACACACGCUCAAUGGUGGCCUUUGGACCAAAAUCCAUGAGUAGACUGAAAGUUCGACGUCAAUCGUAUGGCUUUGGUGGUGUUCCAGGAAUCAGACCUGUUGAAAGGACUUCAAAUGUUGCGAUAGAGUUUAAGCGGCCACCGCUUCUGUAUUUGCCUACGUAUCAGCUAACUUCGAGUUACCCAUUUCAUCUUCCCAGUGUGCAAAAAGCAGUGGACGAGUUGCUUGAUGAACAUUUUACAGAUCACAAAUAUAGUGUGCAGGAAUCUCCGGCCCUCGCACUUCGCUUGGCUGGUUUACUAAUGCGUGCACUGAAAGCCAUGGAUUUCAACCGCUAUAGAAUAAUAACUGUCGUCACAAUAGGCCAGAAGAGAGCUCAAAGCUAUAAUAACGCUAUUUCCUUCUUAUGGGACCACGAGAGGGACAAUUAUGUGGACACGCAGAGGGAGGUGAACUCGGCGUUCAUACAAGUUACUGCGUUUGGUGUUUAUUUGGAUUAA